AUGAGCUGCACCCGUCAAUUUUCAUCCGCCAACGAAGCCCGGGACGCCGCCCUACUGGUGGUGCAGCGUCGACACCCCCUCUUCAAGGGUCAGCGCCUCGUUACAAGGAACAGAACCCGCCUCUGCAAAGACUCGGAGGAACUUUGGGUUCCCCAGCAUGGUGGGCGCGUCCACGAGCCGUUGCAAAGAGGUCCAAUUCACUGUUUCGCCUUGGCCCCGUCUUGCAACGCGCUCACCAUCCGCCACGGCGAGCGCAACGGCUGCGUGAUCCGCACCAAAGCGGAUCACGCGAUGAGCAAACAUCAAACAAAAAUGCCGCUUGGACCAGUUCAGCUGCGCAGACACUUUAAAGACCCUUCGGCGGCGGCUGCUGCCCGCCUCACCCCGGAAAGUGUGGGGAGUGCCGUGGGCAGCGUACGAUGCAUGCCUCUACACAUAAAUGCACUUGUCCCUUCAAAACACUCUGCCUUGCGAAAAAUUACACGUCAUGAUAAACUUGGGAUAAGAAAAUAG